UUCUAUACCACAAGCGGUAACCCCGAGCUACACUCGGGCUUACCAUGCGGCGCUGCUCUGGGGGUCCCUGCAGCACUUACCUUGUCCUUCGUUCCCACGAUGUGUCCCCCUGCUGCAGCGUCCCCGGCCAUCUCCUCCGGCCGAUGUGUUCCGGUCCCCAUGACGUCGGGACGUACGGGCGCCGCCAGCGGCGGGAAAUUUAAAAAAUUUAAAAAAUGUCAUUUUUUUUUUUCAAUAUUGUCCCUAGUGUUUUUGUCCUGUGCCCUGCCUGCAUUUUGUCUGUUCUUUCUG